AUGAUAAAAUUGAUCAAUGAUUUAAUAGAUAUUACGCGCGAGUACAAAUGGCCAUAUUCGAUGAAUCGACCUCUUUUUCGAGCACGAAAUCUUGAUCCAAAUAAACGUAUACGAUUGCUCGUUGAUCAACAUGAUGAUAACAAUAAUGAUCUUAGUGAUUCAUCAACAAAAUCAGCAUCUAGUAACAAUCUUUUCGUUUCUAUUUCGUCUACAUCCACAAAUCAGACAAUUCAACAAUCAACUGGAUCAACUUCACAAUUACCACAACGAUGUGUAUCACAAAUGCCAUUUGUAUCGGGCAUGGAACGAGAAGAAGAAGCGGAAUAUCACCUUCAAAAUGCUCUCGAUGCUCAAUCUCGACUUGGUUCAGCUAAAAUUCGUGCUGUACCAAUACCUGAUCUAUACGAAGAUCGAAAUAGUCAAUCCAUAUAUCCAGCUAAUAUUGUAUUACCUAAACAACUUAUUCGUUUGCAACGUAUAUAUCGACAAAAUUAUCUAUUGUGUUAUUUUUUUUUCAGC